AGAGAUGAGGCUUGCCAUAGACUCGGUAGAAAUUUGUCCACCCUACUCAGGGGCUACGAUAUAAUUCUCCCUCUUGGAUCUUGAUAUUUUUUUCCCCUGCCAAGAAAAUUCUAUGAAUAGGUCCGAACGUCCCAUGCACGUUAACGUAGACCUAAGACCACACCUUCAAAUAUUCUUCAUUGACUGACCGAACACCCCCCCUCAAGUCUCCCAUAUAUCCCCACCUCCUCCCCCACCCCUCCCCACCACCUCACAAGUCACACCGGCCACUUCACCUCAGCCCAAUGGACCGCCACCACCACCACCACCGCCACCGCCGCCACCACCACCACCACAACGCUGGCCACCAAGUCAGCUCCUUCAAUCUGUCAGGGUGCAUGAAACUUCCUCAAAUCAAAGACACCACCACAAAGAUAACCCCGGGCACCGCCACCUCCUCCUCCUGUCCUCCUCCGAAGAAAAAUCACCAUCGCGGCCGCCACCACUUUGUGACCGCCGACCCCUCGUCCCCGAAAAUUGGCUGCAUGGGCCAGAUCAAAAGGAAAAGCAAGUCAUCUAGCUCCACCACCACCACCUCCUCCUCCUCCUCCUCCUCCUCCUCCUCCUACUCGCCGUCGUUGAGCACUAGUUCUUCGGAUUCGAAAAGCCGAAACAAGUUGUUCGGGCUCAAGAGGGCCUUCAUGGCGAGGAGCGUGGGGUCGCAGGCGAGCUCGAAGGUCAGGGAUGAUCGCGGCGGCGUGUCGAUGGUGGUUAACGUGGCGGAUUUGGACCCGCCAUUGCCGGUGGUGAGGCGGCGACCGGGGAGCGACGGGAAUUCGGUCGGCUUGUGGGAGAGGAGAUGCGGUGGGGAGGCGUUGGCGGGUCUCCAGCUUGAGCAGCCGCGGCUUUACCUCUAUGCCUCUGUCCUGUAGCGCGGGGGCGGAGGAGCAAACGGUCAUCUAAUGUUGCAUGCUAUUUUUCGCUUCAAAGGUUAGGACUAGUACUAGCGCUUUGUAUAGCACAGUGAGAAUUUGGGCCCUGAUGCU